GAUCGUUCAGCAGCGAUCAGUCUAGCUGUGUCUGCUAACGAAAGAAGUUCCUAAUAAGUAAAAUGUUGAGAUUGAGCACCGGUCUAUCCAUAAUUAAAACGCAAAACGCGACCCUCUCUAUCAGUUCUCAGCUGCGUUGGCAGGCAACAGCUGUUGCAGCAGAGCCCAGAAAUGAUGCAGAGUGGGUACAGGCGCGUCCUUUUGGGGAGGUUCCUCGAACCACAUUUCUGUCUACCAUUCGGAACUUUAUGCCUGGAGGAAAAUAUAGCAAGCUGGACGUUAUGGCAUUAUUUAAGGCCAUGCAAGAGGACUAUGGAAACAUAUUCUACUUACAGGGAAUAAUGGGAGGUCCAUCCAUUCUGAGCACCUACAACCCCAAGGACUUUGAGGUGGUUUUCCGUAAUGAGGGCGUAUGGCCCCAACGGCCUGGCAGCGAUACUCUUCGCUAUCAUCGGGAAAAGCAUAGAAAGGACUUCUUCCAGGGAGUCGAGGGAAUCAUACCUACCCAAGGAAAGACCUGGAGCGACUUUCGAUCCAUUGUAAAUCCUGUCCUCAUGCAGCCGAAGAAUGUUCGUCUCUACUAUAAGAAGAUGUCCCAAGUGAACCAGGAGUUCGUCCAACGUAUUAAAGCACUCCGUGACAAAAAAACUCAGGAGGCUCCUGAUAAUUUCAUUGACGUUGUAAACCGGUGGACCCUCGAAUCUGUCUCUGUCGUCGCAUUGGACAAGCAGCUGGGACUCCUCAAAGAAUCGGUCAAUAACGAAGAGGCUCUAAAACUUUUCUCGCACCUAAAAGCUUUUUUCGAGCUCACAGCUAUCCUGGAAAUGAAACCCUCCGCCUGGCGUUACUUUAAGACACCGAAGUUAAUGAAACUCAUGAAAGCUUUGGAUGGCGUUCAGGAAGUAACUUCCGCUUAUGUAGAUGAAGCUGUUGAACGUCUGGAGAAGGAGGCCAAAGAGGGAAUUGUUCGCCCGGAGAAUGAGCAGAGUGUACUCGAAAAGCUGCUGAAGGUCGACAAGAAGGUGGCCACGGUUAUGGCCAUGGAUAUGCUAAUGGCUGGGGUGGAUACCACAUCUAGCACAUUCACUGCGGCCUUGUUGUGCCUUGCCAAGAAUCCGGAGAAGCAGGCCAAACUCCGGGGAGAGGUCAUGAAGGUUCUGCCCCAGAAGGAUUCCGAGUUCACUGAGGCAUCGAUGAAGAAUGUUCCCUAUCUACGUGCCUGCAUCAAGGAGUCGCAACGGAUUUACCCUCUGAUUUUCGGCAAUAUGCGAACUCUCAAUCGGGAUAGCGUUUUAAGUGGAUACCAAGUGCCGGCUGGCACCUAUGUUUCAAUGGUUCCCAUAACUUUGCUUACAAACGAGGAACACUUCCCCCAGGCUGAUAAGUUCCUGCCAGAACGGUGGGUGCGUCACGCCGCAGACGCCACAGGGGAGUGCCCGGCGAAUGAUUUGAAGCUGAAGAAUCCAUUUGUGUUCCUUCCUUUCGGAUUUGGGCCCCGUACGUGCGUGGGAAAACGCAUCGUGGACAUGGAACUGGAGCUAGGCAUCACCCGACUCAUUCGGAACUUCAACAUCGAGUUCAAUCACCCCACAGAGAACGCAUUUCGCUCUGCGCUGAUAAAUAUGCCCAACAUACCGCUCAAGUUUAAGUUUACGGACUUGCCCAACUGAAGUAUUGUUAUGCGUGGGUUUUCGUUGUCAUUUUCAUUAGAUGCCUUGUGAUAAGAUAAGACUUUCUGUUGUAUAUUGUUGGUUGUUGAAGCGUUCUGUGAGAGAUAACAAGUAUGAGCCAGGGCUGCAGUUAAUCGAAUUUGUAUGAAUCCUACCCAAUUGCUGCCCAGCCAGAAGCCUCGCGAAUGAAACAAUCGGUUUUGUUUGUC